UGUGCUUGGGGCGUUUUAAGCGCUUCCGGUGGCUCCUUUUCUCUCUCCUCAAGUGGCUCAGCAGAGAUUUAGCAGGUCGUCUGUAGAAAGGAAUGAAGCUGAUGAUUGUGAUGAUGAUGGUGUUGUCUUCCAGGACUGAGCCGAAUGCGCGUGGUAGGGAGGACCGAAGCGCGUAACCGAGGCGGAGCCGUGCCUGUGUGUGCGCGCCCGCGCCCCCUGAUUAAGGCUUUAUUCCAGCAGUAGUGUUAAUGACCGUUCUCGCUCGCUCCUUUGGACCUGCGUCGUGUGUGUGUGUGUGUGUGUGUGUGUGUGUGUGUGUGUGUGUGUGUGUGUGUGUGUGUGUGUGUGUGUGUGUGUGUGUGUGUGUGUUAAUGACUGCUGUCACUCCUCUGGACCAGUGUAGUGUGUGUGUGUGUGGAUUUAAUCUGCCAGCCAGUGAGGAUGAGUGAGGAGGCGAGCAGUGUGCCGAGAGAGCUGCUGGAGAGCGUUCAGGAUGCAGUGGGCAGGAAAAUCAAACUGGGCUUUAAGAAGAAAGUCAAACUGGAGAUCAAAGGUGAUAAAGUGGAGAACAGAGUGCUGGCUCUGGCAUCACAUCGUGGCUAUCUCCUUACUGCACGCAUUCCUGCCAAGGUAGAACAGACGUUCAGCUUUUUGGAGAUUCAGGGGAUCACAUGUUCCAAACCCACACAGUGUGUGUUGGAGUAUGAGCGAGGUCAGAUCUCUCUCAGACUGGUGUCCAUGGAGGAGGUGAACGAGAUGGUGUGUCACAUCGGUGUGUGUGUGCAGAAGAUCUGUCCUUCUUUGUCUCCUGUUAAGGUGAUGAAGAAGUUGUCCAUGGAACCUCCAGAGAGAAUCACAGCUCUGCAGAAUGUCUGGGAGACUCAGGGUUCAGGAGAAUUCGGACCCUGCGGUGGAUUCUCUCAGCAGUACAGGUGUGUGUGUGACUGGCUCGGCUUACCUUACAGAGAAGAGGUUCAGUGGGACGUGGAUACCAUUUAUCUGACACAGGACACACGUGAGCUGAACCUGCAGGACUUCAGUCACCUGGAGAACAGGGAUUUGGUAGCAAUAAUCGCCGUUCUGGAGUUUAACCAAUGGUUCACCAAACUGACUACAAAGGACUAUAAACUGUCUGCAGAUGUGUGUGAUCAGAUUUUGAGAGUUGUUGCGCGUUCCAGUCAUCUGGAGGAGCUCGUCCUGGACAACGCAGGACUCAAAACGGAUUUUGCACAGAAGCUGGCAAACGCUCUCUCUCAGAACUCCAGCUCAGGACUGCACUCACUGAACCUCUCUAACAAUCCUCUGGAGGACAGAGGAGUUGCUUUUUUAGGCGCUCAGUUUGCUAAACUACGUAAAGGCCUCAAACACCUCAACCUCUCCAGAACCUCGUUAUCACCCAAAGGGGUGAACAGCUUGGCCCAGUCGCUGAGUUCUAACCAGUCCAUGCCCAACACACUCAGCUUCCUGGACCUCUCAGGGAACCUCCUGCGUGGAGAUGAUCUCUCGCAUUUUUAUCACUUCCUGGGGCAGCCGAACAGCCUGAGUAUGCUGGACCUGUCCAACACCGACUGCUCGCUCGACACGCUUUGCUCUGCUCUACUGAAAGGAUCUCUGCAGCAUCUCUCUGUUCUCAAUGUGUCCAAGAGCGUUUUCGCUCACAGGAAAGGUAAAGAUAUUUCUCCUGCAUUUAAGCAGUUCUUCAGCAGUGCCGUCGCUCUCAACACCAUCAACGUCUCCGGAACCAAACUUCCACCUGAUGCUUUAAAAGCACUCCUGCUGGGUCUGGCCUGUAACCCCAGCCUGAAGGAGGUGUCUCUGGACCUUAGCUGCUGUGAGCUCCGCUCUGGAGGCUCACAGAUCCUGGAAGGCUGUAUCGCUGAGAUCCCCAACAUCUCCAGCCUGGAUAUUUCUGAUAACGGUCUGGACUCGGACAUGGGCACGCUGCUGGUGUGGCUCGCCAAGAACCGCUCCAUCAGACACCUGUCUCUGGGCAAGAACUUCACCAACAUCAAAUCAAAAAAUCUGGCUCCGGUCCUCGACAACCUCGUUCACUUGAUCCAGGAGGAAGAAUCACCUCUGGCGUCUCUGUCUCUGGCCGACUCGAAGCUGAAGGCAGAUCUGAGUAUGGUUCUGAACGCUCUGGGCAGUAACAGCUCUCUGACUCGAGUGGAUAUCAGUGGGAAUGGGAUGGGGGACCUUGGGGCCAAGAUGCUGGCUAAAGCCCUGCAGAUUAACAGCAAGCUCAGGACCAUCAUCUGGGACAGAAACAACAUCAGUCCUCAGGGUCUUCAGGACGUGGCUGCGGCACUGGAGAAAAACUUCACCAUCCGUUUCAUGCCCAUCCCCAUCAUCGACGCGUCUCAGGCACUGAAGGCGAGUCCGGAGAAAACCGAGGACGCACUGAUGCGGAUGGAGAACUAUCUCUUCAGGAACCAUGAAACUCGUAAAUAUGUUCAGGAGCAGGCGUACCGUCUUCAGCAGGGCAUUGUGACCACCACCACACAGCAGAUGAUCGACCGGAUCUGUGUGAAGGUCCAGGACCACCUAAACUCUCUGAAGAACUCCGAGCAGGAUGCCAUUUUGGAAGACGUCAGAAUGGCAGAGAACCUGAUCAAGGACGCGAGGAACUCGAAAACGCUCCUCCCCAACCUGUACCAUCUUGGUGCAGCAUCCCGGAAAGAGCUGAACGGUUCCUCUGUCGGUCCAAUCCAGGAGAAACUGGACUCCAUGGCUGGAGAAGUGGCACAGGUCAUGGACGAGCAGCUCCAGAGUCUUUUGGAAUCGAUGGUGGACACAGCGGAGAGUCUCUGUCCUCAUGUGAUGCGGAAACCCAACCUGCGGCAUGAGCUGAUCAAAGCAGGGACAGGGAAGAUGGCUGUACCACGAAGCUUCGUCAAGAACACGCUGCUUGAGCAGUCUGGCAUUGACAUCAUCAACAAGAUCAGUGAAGUAAAGCUGAGUCUGGCUUCAUUCCUCUCCGAUCGGAUCGUUGAUGAAAUUUUGGAAGCUCUGUCUGGUUCUCAGAAUGCGCUGGCAGAGCACCUGGUGAGGAAAGGGCGUCCCUUAGUGCAACAGGAGUCCAUGGAAUUGGACGUAUCCGAGCUGAGGACCUCCAAACGGAGCACCAUGGAGCUGGAGGCUGAGAGGCUGGAUGAGCUGGAGGCCUGCAUGAUUUUGUGCUGCACCAGUAUGACUCCAAAGUCGAAAAGAAAGAGCAUCCACAGCCGGAUGCUGAGGCCUGUCUCCAGAGCAUUUGAGAUGGAAUUUGACCUGGACAAAGCUCUGGAGGAUGUCCCCAUCCAUAUUGAAGACCCUUCACCUCCAGCCAAACUGAACAAAAAGCCAUCAGGAGUCGUGGGAGAGCUGCCGUCUGAGGAAGCCAAGAAGCUCCAACAUUACACCAAAUUACGGCCCAAGAGGAACAAGAAGACGCAGUCAAGCAGGGUUCCUCAGCUCAGCAGGAUGCCAUCUCAGGAAGGAGAGCAGAACGGCCUGAUGGGAAGGGUGGACGAGGGUGUGGACGAGUUCUUCACCAAGAAAGUCACCAAGAUAGACAAGAAGCAGUCCUUAAAGUCCUCAGACUCUCAGGAUACUGAAAAAAAGCGUGAUUUGCGCAAAGGGGGCUUUCUGAACCUCAUCAAGUCCCGCUCAGGCAAAGACAAGGAGAAGGACAAGGAGAAGGACAAGGAGAAGGAGAAGGACAAGGAGAAGGAGAAGGACAAGGAGAAGGAGAAGGACAAGGAGAAAGAUCGAGGUCAGGAGAAGGCUUCUACUUCAGCCCCACCUCUUUCUCCAGUCCCCCAGGCUGCAGAGGAACCCUUGUCUCCUAAGGCCAAGUCUCAGUCGUUACGUUCGGAGCGAAGCAGCAGUUCCGAGCGCUCUGAGGAACUGAAGACUCCCGACUAUGGAGUCCAGGUGAUGGGCUCCGGCCUGCUCGCCGAGAUGAAGGCCAAGCAGGAGAAGAGAGCCAAGAUCUCGGAUUCCUCGUCGAGUCCAGAGAAGCCAGACGGACCUCCAUCAGGUCAGGGUAAGGUGGAGGUCAGCAGCACUGUGAUGGCCUCUGACCGAACUCCCCGGGUCGGGGGUGAUUUUAAACCCGAGACAGCACCGAGGACCCGAGGGUCAGGCCCGAACCCGACGAGCCCGAAACCACCUCCUCCUCAGAGCGCUAAACCGAGCCUAGGCCCUCGACCGGCUCUCCCGCAGAAACCCCGCAGCAGCAGCACACGCAGCAUCGACGAGGGCUCCGAGGCUCCUGCAGGAGGUCCGAAGGCUUCAUCUACGCUCCGGAAAGUACCCUGGGAAAAGGAUGGAUCCUCAAACCCUCCACAGAGCAGCUCAGGCUCCAAGAACUCCACUCAGGAAGUUGACAUGACAGGAGAAGGCGUUAGCGUAUUUAAAGUCGAGUCCGAGCUGGAGAAAGCAGCAGCACUGCACCAGGAGGAGGCAGAGAGCGAGGGAGAGCGAAGGACGUCCCUCUCCAGACCUGCGAGAACAACCUCGAGCACGAACCAGCAGAGCUCAGACGAGAACGGGUCAAAGGUCAAGGACAAAUCUGCAGAGAAGGACAAGGACUCGAGUCAGAGCAGCAGAUCGGCAGAUUCCGGAGAGGAAGCAGAUAAAGAUUUUAUUUUUAUAUAGAAUGAGAGAGAGAGAGAGAGAGGGAGAGAGAGGGGGACCACAACACUCUGCGUUUUCAUCCGUUUCAGGAAUCAAGACUGUUAAAAGUACUGAUGCAUUCCGCAGCACUCUCAGAGAUGUACAUGUGUGUGUGAUAGAGUAUGAGAGAGAGAGAGAGAGAGAGAGAGAGAGAGAGAGGUGUGAUUGUGUGAGAGAGUAAGAGAGAGAGAGAGAGAGAAAGCGAUAAUGCACUCUCAGUCAAUUCUUCCAUAGCGUCUGAUCCGGUGUCUGAUAACCGGGACCGUAGAGGUUUCGCCGUAUGACGUGUCCUGUGUUAAUAUCCUCCUCACUCGAACUCCCAUUAGGGCUGAAACACUGUUAAAGCAUUUAACGAUGUCUUGUUUGUGUACCAACACUAAGGGGCACUUUGCUAUCUGCCCUCGUGCCUUAGAGCUCCACUAUACUGUGAUCAGACUGCGCAGGACACUGACGGCAUCUCCGAUAACUUGUGCAUGUCUGAUUAUCCUUUAAAAAGAACAAAAAUUACACAAAGAUUUCUCUGUAUUGUGUGUGUGUGUGUGUGUCAGGACUUUCAUCCAUUUCUAGUCUGUUUAAGAGGAACAGAUCAGACUCCUGGUGUGAGAUCCGAUUUCACACGCCUGAUUUUGUCCUGUAUCAUAUUCUUCUGUCAGAUUUUGGAUGUGACUCACGAUCAGACGCUUCCUCAAUUAAUCAUGUGAUCUGACUUACCAACUCUUUAGGCAUGAGAGAUGAUUUUUGCAAUUCUAGGAUCUGGGAUCAGAUUUAUCCCAAUAAUCCAGCGUAAUCAGUUCUAACAUUAGAUUUUCUCUGGUUAACUGUGGCCGGGCAUCAGACCCAUCCAUUUCAAAGUCUAAUCUGAGAAUAGACUCCUCGGUCUCCUGUUGAAGGUCAUUUGGGUUCAGAUUUAUUCUUGGUUUUUGAUCUAAGAUCAGACCAGUUUCUAAUCCAUCUAGGAUCGGAUCCUAUUUAUUAUCCUGUGAGAUUAGAUCCCUUGUGAUUUUAUUUAUUUAUUUAUUUUUUUAAGAAAUGGAUGAAUGAGGAGCAGAUUGGAUGUAUUUUUAGAGCUUUAGUAUCGGAUAUUUUCUGAGAUAAUACUUCUCUAUUUAAUCCAACAGAAUCUAAGUUUAGAUCAGAUUGCCCUGGUUUAUAGUGAUGUGAUCAGACACCUUCUGUAUUUAUAAUCGUGUCUCAGAUCAGACUUGUGUCUUUAUGCUAAAAAUCUGAUUCUUCUCCCAGACAGGAAGUAUCAAGUAUCAUAUGCUUCCCGUUCUGAUGAUCCGAGAUCAGACUUUUACACUCCGAUUACUUGUUUGAUUAUGCUACUCAUAGAGCAUGUGCAGGCAGUGUAAAAAUCCGAUUCAGGAUCAGACUCACCUGAGUCUAAACUUUUUGUGUGUGAGAGAGUGAGUGUGUGUCCGAUCCAAUGAGUCUGAUUCAGCAAAUGAGAACGGGUUUUAUUUCCUUUUGUCUUAAUUCAACGAACAAGAAGUCAAAUUGUGAACAAAUAUAAACAAAAGCACCUCCAGGUUGAUGAGCAGUGAUGAAAACAAAAUUGGAAAGAUUUAUUUAUUUAAGAAUUUUAAUUUGCAUUUUCAGAUUCUCAUAAAUACACGCCAUGUUUGUUUUUUUAUUUAUUUUAGUUUAAAUGGGGCAAGAAAACUGAACUGGGAUCAGCUGUGGUAAAUUUAAGAAAAAUUAUUUUUUGAAUUCUAAAAAAUUCUGGUACAAGUUCAAAUAAAAACCUUCGUCACUUUUGAAUUUUUAUUUUUUUUUUAAAUUAUAAAAGUUUGUGAUUUGCACCUUUUUUAUAUGCCAUUUAAGGAAAGGGGGUGGAGCCUAGCACAGAUGAUUGACAGAUCAUACUUGGUGAGGUUUUAUAUGUACUUCUGUCGCAUUAAUAAAACUGCACUCUGAGGUCUGGGUUCUGAUGUAUUUAAUGAGUUCGUUUGCUAACACUGACACACCUGUAGGGGGCGGGGUUUAUGUUAAUGAGGUACUGGGAACAUUCAUAUACCAGGAAAUAGGCUGGUGGUUUCCUUUUCAUUUUAUUUUCCUUUUCUCUUUUGCCUCGUCCACAGCUCUUCCUCUGCACAUGUACAUUUUGUUGAUAUGAAUGAUUUAUAUUAAUGUGAUUGUAUAAUGAUUUAAUGUUAUUAUUUUCUUUGAGGUUAAAGGAAGAGGAUUAAUGUAUGUAUGCAGAUCAGUGUUAAUAUAUAAUGUGAUCUUUGUUUAAAAGUGUGUGUGUGUGUGUCAGUAUUUUGGCCUGGUUUGAACUCUGAACACAUUUCACUCGUGCACUGUGUAGUUUGUGGACGUUUCUUUUAUUUCCAACACGUUUCUAUCAAUCAGAUUAAAGGUGAUUUUACACA